AUGGAGGGAGAGGUAAAAAGUGGUGGUGGGAACACACAGUGGACCUCAAGCCAGUCCACUUUUGUGCAAAAUUUUCUUGCCAACCUUGUAGCUAAUGGCACCAAAACAUCCACUGGCUUCAAGAAGGUGCAUCUCAAUGACAUUGAAAAAAAGUAUACUAGAAUCAACUACCUUAAAAACUUGAGUGCUUCUCUUUGGGAUGAAGAUCAAUUCAUCGUUUCUCUUGAUCAUGAGCACUAUACAAACCAUUUUGAGGAUGAAAGAAACAAGGGUGAUGAUGAAUUCAUAAACAAGCCUCUUCCCUACUAUGGCAACCUUGCUACAAUUUUUGGUAAUAGUGUUGCAUCAGGAUGUUUUGCAAAGACAUCAAAUGACCCUCUUGCUGUUGAUGAUGGUGAAAAUGUGCAAAAGGAAGGGUGUAUUGCAACAUCUAGUGCUGUCCAUGAGAAUGACACUGCAUCAACAUCUGCAACUAAACCAUCCAAGAAGGCCAAGAGGGAAGAGAAUGGUACUGAAUUCUUAGUUGAAGCAUUUCAGCAUGCCACUCAAACACUAGCCAGUGCCAUCAAGGAGGCAGCAAACAAACCUUUGCCAGCUGGUUUGUUUGAAGCUGUAGACAAUAUUCCAGGAUUUGAGAUUGCGCACAAGUCCAAGUAUUAUUCUCAUUUGGUUUCUAAUCCUGACAUUGCACAUGCUUUCAUGGAUGUGCCAUUGCUUUACAAGGUCUCUAUGAUUACCGACUUCGUUAAUGAGAAGUUUUAGGCUUUAUGGUAAUCUAAUAAGACAUUGGACAAUUUGUAUGGAUCUAUGUAAGGACCUAUGUUUGUUUGAAACUAUGUAUGGACAUGUGUGUGAUAUGUUAUGACUACUUAUUUUUGACAUAACACUUUUGU